AUGGAUUUCAUCAAGACCAGUUCCCUGCGUGCUCUGAUUGAGUUAACUUUCCAACGCAACUGGAAUGGCCUCAUUUGGAUGAGUAGAAAAGGAGUUAUAACCAAAAGAGUGAAGACUGUCCAGACGGCUCUAUCGAGAAUCAGCGCCCAACCGCGCAGUCCGGCUGGCCGAGGAACGAAUGUUCCACGCUCGGCCAAAUCUCGUCGUCCGUCUGAAGUCUCGGCCAAAGUCCAAAACCGUUCGGCCGAUCACGCAAUCACGACCCGGGAAACAUUGCCCGCGGUCGGCCAAGCCACGCCACGACCCGCGCACGACCAAACCGCCGAGCCGGGAGAACGCCUCGCGGCCGCGCAACUCUCCGCGUACCACGGCCGAUGCCGUCCGAGCCGGGAAACUACGUCCCGCGUCCGGCCGAGAUUUCAUCGGCCAAAUCUUCACCGUCCGACCACAGCGGCCGACCACGCAUCCGGCCCCGACCGUUCCGACUCGGCCACGACCCGAUUGUCCGGCCGAUCGUCCCGACCGACCGUCCCAACGCCGCGCCAGUCCUUGUGUUCGAUACCCAUACUUCCGCGAUCUGUGCACUUGCAGAGGUCUAGGAGUUUGGUAAAACCUGACUCCGCAUCAAAACCCGCAGUCGGCCACGCCACAACCGGCCACGCCACAACCGCGCACGACCAAAGCGCGCGAGCCGGGAGUAACGCCUCGCGGCCGCGCAACUCACCUCACGUACCACGCACGAACGCUUCGUCCGACCCGGGAAACUAUGCCUCGCGUCCGGCCGAAGAUUUCCAUCGGCCAAUUCCUAUCCGCCCGACCACGCCGGCCGAUCGUCAUAACAUCGGCCCGACCGUUCCGACUCGGCCAAAGACCCGACUGUCCGGCCGAUCGUCCCGCACGACCGUCCGAAUGCCGCGGUCGACCCGAAGCCGUUUUUGA